GUGGCAGCGGCGAGCGGAGGCGGGUUUGGUUCUGAUCUGCACUUUGCGCCAAGCACUCGCGAGCACCAUUAUCAUCACCAGCAUCAGCUCAUCAGUCACACAUCGCCGAGCAGCAACAGCAGCAGUAGCGGUAGUACGAGUAGUAUGAGCAGUGCGCGAGACACUCACAGCACAUCGCCCUCGCCGACGCCGACAACGUCACAGCCGCAGCCACUCAUGGCCCAGCCGCAGCGCGCCCACAGCAACAACAACAGCAACAGCAGCAGCAACAGCCGCCACGACGCAGCACAUCCCAAUGCUCCGCUGCUGUCCCUGCGCGGAUUCACGGGCGCGUUCGAUGCCCUGCGCGAGCUGGUCGCCUUCCCCGCGUUUGGCGCCUCUGCUGCCGCUGCUCCUGCGACCACUGUUGCGAGUACGACUAUGACCACUACGACGAGUACUGAUGACGUGACGCUUCCAGCCAUGUCACUCGCUUCCACUCGUCCCGUCAUCCAACUCCCCGCGCCGGCAAUGUCCUCGUCAGCGGUUUCGUCACCCGCUGCAGCUUCACUCAUGGCAUCGCCGUUUGCGAAUGCUGCGAUGCCGCCCAUCGCCAUGCCGCAUGACUCGUCCGGUGCCGCCGCCGCCGCCGCCGCUGCUGCUGGUACUGGAGGAAACGGCGCGCUCCAUGCCGCGGCAUCCGCUGCCACCAGUCACCUCCAGCAGCUCCAUUCACAGCUGCAACAGGCACUCACGUCACAGAGUACGCCAGGAUUAGGAGCAGCCUAUCGUGCACACAAUCCUGCUACUAUUCAGCGCACAACGUCGUCUUCGCGCGGGCUGGGUUCGCAUUCGCGGACUCCAUCCGGGUCCUCGUCCACCCUUCCGGGUGCCGGUGCCGGUGCCGGUGCCGGAGUCGGCGGUCUGCAGGCAGUGCGGCUUUCGUCCAACCCCGCAGCCUCGUCUCAAAACAUCAUGCAUGAUGUUCAUGGCCCGUUUCACGCCUUGUCGUCCGAUUCCUCAAUGUUUGCGUCGUCACAUUCGUCCAUCGCGCCUUUGCCACAGCAACAACAGCAGCAACAGCAACAACAGCAACAACAGCAGCAGCAACAACAACAGCAAGAUCUGUUGCCAGAACACGUUGAAGAAGCUGGUCAGGCGCCGUUUGAACCCGAAGUGCCGAGCACCAGAGUCGAGCUACAGGCGCUCGUGCGGUGGAUUGAAAAAUCAGUCCCGUUCUUUGGCUUGUUGCUCGCUGUCUUUGCGUAUCGUCACAAGAUUGGCUUGGCGAUGGUCAUCUGGCUCGGCGUUUUCUUCAGCAACUUUGACGCCACCAUUCGACGGCAGGUGACUUUGCGAGCACAACGAAGCAAGCUAAAACUGACUUCAACCAUGGGCUGGCUAGCGAUAAACAUUGCCACCUGCUACUUUUUAUUUCGUGCCCAGACUCCGUACCGCAGUUUGGCAUUCCUUCCUCCAACCGACAAUCCUGAUUUCAUGGGUACCAUCUGGUUGAUAUUUUUGAAUGACAUCCUGGUACGAUACGCUACCAUGAUGCUCAAGUGCUUGCUGAUCAUUCUCGUUGGCUCUAUUCCGCCAUUUAAGCGAAAAGGCUUGUACUACAGUCUUGUAGAGCACUUUUCGCAAUUCUAUCGGCUACUACUCCCGAUUCCAGUGUGGUACCAGUACUUUCACGACGACGAGUUUGGUGGCCACGUCCUUUCGUCGUUCGUGACUGGACUUUACUUGGCGUUCAAGGUAUCCGGCGUGGUUGAGCACGCAUCCGCUUGCUGGCAUGCUUGGCGAGCAAUCCUUCGGCACGAAGUGCAAUAUGGCCGCUAUGCAAACAAAGAAGAGGUCAUGGAGGCUGGGAAUCAAUGCCCAAUCUGCCAAGAAGAAACCAAGGAUCCCGUGGCUCUUCCAUGCAAUCAUAUAUUCUGCGAAGAUUGUGUCACGCAGUGGUUUGAGCGCGAGCGCACCUGUCCAAUGUGCCGCACGACCAUUUUGACCGCUGGCCGCGCACUCUGGCGCGACGGCGGCACUUCCGCUAAUCUUCAGUUAUUUUAACCUCACAAGCUAUGCAUUGCACCAUCAUGCAAACCUAGCUGUGGCUCCGAAAGUCGAAUAAACAAAUUACACACUUCAAAAUGACCGUUUGCUGCUUGGGAUCAAAAGCAUUGCGAAAGGAGAAGCACUGCGGCAACAACCCAACCAUAAAGCACCUUGUUGAGCAGUAAUAAACGAUGGAAA